UGGCAGAAGUUCAAUGAGCAGCAGGAGGAGGAAGGGGGAGAGCCUAGCACGCAGGCGCUCCUGGGCACUGUCGAAGAAUCGAGUCACUGGAGCAGAGCUCACAAGCGGCGGCGGCGGCUUCUGGAGUCCCGCCCCAGUGCGAGUGUCUGGGCGGCCGGCAGCCGGCGGGCAGCGCUGUAGUAGCGAGAGCGCGGUGCGGAAAGAAGCGAGUAGUCGUGCUGUCCUGGGGGUUCGAGGGUGCAGCGUUUGGGGGAUGUCGCAUCUGGCCGCUUCCCUGUGAGUGACUGCAGCCGGUGGGGUUGGGAGAGCCUGGCAGCAACGCGAAGCGUUUUCCUGCCGCCCUCGCCUCGAAGCUGCUCUUGUUCGUCCAAGGAGGUGGCAAUCAGUGCAAGAGGCUGCUGCAGUUGCAAAGCACAGAGCCUCCCCGGUGGCUAGAAGAGCGGCAGUGGGAAGAGGAGGCAGGGGACGAGGCGCGGGGCGCUUGCUGCCCCUGGACUCGGCCAUGUCGUCCGCCGCGGUGGCGGUGGCUGCUGCCUCCCGCAGGCAGUCGUGCUACUUGUGCGAUCUGCCCCGCAUGCCCUGGGCCAUGAUUUGGGAUUUCACCGAGCCCGUCUGCAGGGGCUGUGUCAACUACGAAGGGGCCGACCGGGUGGAGUUCGUGAUCGACACGGCUCGGCAGCUCAAGCGAGCGCACAGCUUCCAAGAAGGCCGGGCGCCGCCGCCGCCGCCCCAUGCCAAGCAGCAGCCGCCGCCGCUCAGCGCCAAGGAGAUGCACUCUGCGGCGGUGGCGGCAGCCGAGGCGGCGUCCCGCGCCCCGCCGCAGUCCCACGAACGCUACUCUCUGGGAGCCACAGCCUCCUCUGAGCGGCCGCCGCCGCGCCUGGGACCCGAGUAUGGAGGCGGCAACAGGCAGGUCAAUGGUAUCCUGGUGCCCAACGGGUUUUCCAAGCCCGAGGAGCCGCCUGAACUCAACCGCCAGAGCCCCAACCCGCGGCGGACGCACGCCGUGGCGCCCACCCUGGUGCCCCUCAUGAACGGAGCUUCAUUGCCCGCCGCCAUCAGCAUCAACAGCCGGGCGGCAGCGGCCGCAGCGGCCUCCUUGGCAGCCAUCUCCGGAGCGCCAACCCCGCUGCAGGUGUCGGUCUCGCAAGCGCAGCAAAGCCAGCAGCAGCAGCCCGGAGAAACGGGGGCCCACAAGAGGCCCGGCUCGGUGUCCUCGUCGUCGUCUAGUAGCGGCGGGGGCAGCAGCGGCGGAGCGAGCGACCUGGAGGGUAAGGACAAGGGGCAGCAGCAAGCGCGGGGCUCGGCGGACAACCUGGAGCAGCUCGGCGUGGAGGGCAAAAGCCGGGGAGCGGCAGCGGCGGCGGGGGGCUCGGAGCAGGAGUGGCUGAACAAGCCCAAGACGGUGCGAGACACUUUGCUGGCCCUGCAGCACAGCGGCCACGCGGUGCCCUACGAGAGCAAGUUCAAGAAGGAGCCCGGCAUGGCGGGGCGGCUGCUGGGCUACGACAGCAACGGAGCCGUGGCCAAAUCAGGAGCACGAGCUGCAAGGAAGAGAAAACCUUCUCCAGAGCCAGAAGGUGAAGCUGGACCUCCUAAAAUCAAUGGCGAGGCACAGUCAUGGUUACCAACCUCAUCAGAAGGGAUGAAAAUACCAAUGGCAGCUGCAUCUUUCAUGUCCCCCCCACCCCCCACUGCUUCGCCUCAUUCCAACCGGACCACACCACCCGAGGCAGUCCAGAAUGGCCAGUCCCCGAUGGCCGCACUAAUUUUAGUUGCAGACAAUGCUGGCGGCAACCAUGCCUCCAAAGAUGCCAACCAGGUCCACUCUACCACAAGAAGGAAUAGCAGUAGCCCACCUUCUCCGUCUCCUAUGAACCAAAGAAGGCUGGCCAGGGAGGUGCCAAGUCAGGGGGCAAACCCUGGAGGGAUGGAGCCAGUGCACCCUGCCAGCCUCCCAGACUCUUCUCUGGCAGCAAGUGUCCCACUGUGCUGCACUCUGUGUCACGAGCGCUUGGAAGACACCCACUUCGUGCAGUGUCCCUCUGUCCCAUCCCAUAAGUUCUGCUUCCCUUGCUCCAGACAGAGCAUUAAACAGCAAGGAGCUAGUGGUGAAGUGUAUUGUCCCAGUGGGGAGAAGUGCCCUCUGGUGGGUUCCAAUGUCCCUUGGGCAUUCAUGCAGGGAGAAAUUGCAACCAUUCUUGCAGGAGAUGUGAAAGUGAAAAAAGAGAGAGACUCGUGACUUUUCCAGUUCCUCAGUGCAACAUCACCUUUAACAUGAAAACUGCUUGAAUUGUAUAUAUCUAUAAAUACCUAUAAAUAUCUAUAUAUAUAUUAUAUAUAUAUAUAUAUAUCUCCAAGACAAGGGAAAUGUAGACUUCAUAAAACAUGGCUGUAUAAUUUUGAUUUCUUUUUUGAAUACAUUGUGUUUCUAUAUUUUUUGAAGAUAAAAGGUAUGUACUUACAAAAGCGCUUUCUUUUUUUGCUCUUACAGCAACUAUUUGUUGUGCUUCCUUGGUGACAGUUACUGUUCAGUGUAGACUGUGACUUGUGCUGCUUUUUUUAGAGAGCACUUGGCAAACCAGAAAUGCUUCUAGCUGUAAUUGAAUGCACUUGGUUUUUUCCCUUUUUUAAAAUGCCAAAUACAUCUUCUGACAUUGUAAAGAUCGCCUUACUGUCUGUGGUUCCUUAUUUUUGCCCUUAUUCAUGCUCAAGGCAAACAGGUUUCAGAGACAACAUGGCAUUAAAAUGUUCAUAGGAUUAAAGUGAGAAUGCCACUGAAUCCAGUCCAUAGUCAGGUGAGAAAGCAUGAGGAUUUUCCCUUGGAGGCAGCGUUCCCUUGUUGCUGCUACUAAAAUGGCCAGAUUCUUAGAGCAGUUUGUUUCUAGAAGGAAGAUGCCUUCAGAGUGUUAUACUAAGUGAGGCGCUGUUGUGUUAGGGAUUGGGGAGUUCGUUUUUUCUUAACGGCAGAGUUGACCACAGUUCAAGUGAUUGGUUGUAAGGUUGCAAAACUGCAUUUAUUCAUAAUUAUAUAAUGUUCCUGCAGAAUUUUUGUGAUAACUUUAAUUCUUGUCUAACUGUGUAUUGGUGCAGACAGAAUAGCACUGCCAUAUUUUAAAACAAAUCCCUAUCUUUUUAGUGCCACUCAGUGUUCUCCUUCCUUCAUAUUCACGUGGAAGCCCUCUUGAGGUAGGGUUUUUUAUUUUUUCAUCUAGUGCAGGUGGACUUUGAUCCUAUUGCUUAAGUACGGUACUGUUGCCGUUUUUACUGUUCUGACAUCAGGUAGUGGCAGAUAACUGUGUGAUAAUGACAGUAGGGUUGAGGCUUUGCUUGGCUUGCCUGUGUUGGCAGCACAGAGAUGAAUGGAAAUUUCUGCCUGAGAUUUCAUAAUACAUGUGUUGGAGGGAAAGCAACAAAACUUAAACAACUUGGGAUUUAAAUAAACUUUAGUUCCACAUAGACAUGCCUUGCCGUUUAUUUUCAGAAAUUAUUUUGUAAAAUUACUGUCUUGAUCUCACUUUUUUCAUCAGAUGGCCAACAUUUUUAAUCAAUAAAUCAUCCAUUACUAGAAAUAGUCAAGCCUUACUGUAGUGUUUCUGUGCUGUUUACAGUUGUGUUAGCAACACUGCUGUGCAACCCUUUGUGUUACAUGUUGAGCAUAUGGUCACAAAUUGUUCAAAGCAGAAAGAUGGUUAUAUGGUGCCUAUGUUUGUGGCAAAUAACACUAUACCUUUUGAUGUUGAGAGAAUCUGUUCAUCUAAGUUUAACAGAUUUCAAUGCUGUUGGGUCAGACUGUUCUUAUGUGUUAAUGUUCAGACUGUUAUUUAAAGCAGAGUAGAUUCUGGUAGGGUUUUUUUUUUAAUGGUCAUGACAUUUGAAAAUCCAAACUGAACAUGCACAGUAACUUUUCUCUUUGAAGUGUUUUAGUGAGCACACCCACUAUUGUGUUCCAUAUUACAGGUAAAUGUAAUAUUAAAUAACAGGAUUUGCAUGAUAAACCAAUUCAGUACUCUUGAAAAUGAUAGAAGUACAUAUAGUACAGACUGGUGUCUUAUGUAAACGCGUUUAGACAGUUUGAGAGAAAAAAACGCACAUAUAUACAACUGUAAAAGAUUCUCUGGAACCACUAUAGUCUGUGGAAAUAUGUAUUUAGGCACUUUAUUAAAAUUGGAUUUCGAAUUGAUAGAUGGUAACAAGUUCUUAAGAAUCUCUUUGACAUAGUACCUCAUGUAUUAUACCAAUUUGUAUGGAGAAUUUGCAUUCUAGCUAAAACAAUAUUCCUACUAAAAACUUCCUGGAAAGUUGUUGUGAUGUUUUGGCAUGUAGUCCAGAUUGGAGCUUCUUAACUUCAGGUGGGAGAUGGCAACUUCUUUCUUUGCCAAUGCUAUUUAGGCAUGCUGAAGUAUUGACAGGGAUUUGAUCUGAAUUUCCAACUGAAGCCCUUUUAUUUAUACUUGUAUCCUGAAUAAGUGUCUUCAUAUACUGUAGCCAGCAAUAUCACUGAAUGUUCCUUAACAUAGCUUAAAUAGUGGGAAGGUUUGGGCCUUUGGAAUACAGGUGACGACAGCUGGAACAUAUUGCAAACUUUUGUACCUGUUCAGCCAGCUUCUUCCAAACCUUUUAAGGUGACCAGUUCUAACACACGUUAUGAACUCAGAAUACAGAAAUUUAGGACAAGAUUUUUGCAUUUCUCAAAUUUCAAUUGGGCCUGCUGUAAUUUUAGUUGGUAUCUUAAUAUGUUUAUGACAUCACCUCAAUGGCUCACUAUGUAUUUACUAUAUGUUGCCUUGGCUACAGACACUUUUUGAAAACUGCUUUAGCUGCAACAGUGGUACCAUUAAUCUUUGAUAAUCAUGCAAACCUUGACUCCAUUACAGCUAGUGUGAGCUUAGUUUUUCCUUCCAAUGGAGUGAGGCUUUGCUAUCUUUUUUGAAGUUUUUAAUGGUGAUAAUUUGUAUAGCAAUAAAGCAAAAUGUUGUUUUAAUGGAGAGUGUGAGUGUCAAAAUCUCACCUUCCUAACACUUUUAAGAUACCUUUAUUGAAAUAUCACCUGCACUAUGCUUUUGUUGUUUGUAGUUGCUAAACUAACACAUUACUAUUUUUAUCUAUUAUUUUUUAUCUUUUGCAUUAAAUAAAGUGAAAUUAGGAGCUUUAAACACU